AUGUUACCUAGCGAACCAGAACUCAGAGUUAGUGUGUUUGUGGAUCUCCAGGUUCAGGGUCUCUCCGAUGAGCUGGCCAAGCAGCUGUGGAUGGUUCUGCAGAGGUCCAUGGUGACGGUCCGCCGGGACCCUACCAUGCUGGUGUCGGUGGUUCGUAUCAUCGAGCGGGAGGUGAAGAUCGAUCGGCGUAUGGUGGACCGGAAGAAGCAGAGCGGCUUCAUCCCUCCUGGGAGACCCAAACGCUGGAAGGACAAGAUGUUCGAGGUGUUGGAGGGGACGGUCAGCACCCGCAUUGAGGGCACCCAGUCAGUGACCAGAGAGGCUGAUAAGAUGUGGCUGGUUCGUCUUUUAGAAAUAACCAGGAAAUAUGUUUUGGAUGACCUGAUCGUUGUGAAGAACCUGAUGGUGCAGUGUUUCCCCCAGCACUACAACACCUUCAACAGGUAA